UUUUGGGCCGUCUUUGGAAUAAAAAAACCACUUUCAUUUUAGAUCAAUUUUGGUAUUCAGUGACGGCCCCACCGCCCUUCUGUCUAGUAAAGUUGAUUCAAUACUGAUUGACUCUGUAUCUUGUUUAUUAAAGGAGGGAAGUACGUUGACAACUGGAUUGUUGUCUAUUUUUGUAAUUUGUGAAAACAUGAAAACGUGGAAAAUUUUAAAUCCUUCUUAAUGUCAAUGUGAGAGCAAAUGUUUACAGCAAUAUGGCUUAUAUUGAAGCCACCAAACGGCUUUGUGGACCGAACUUUGAAGAUCUAGUCACUCAAAUAACAGGCUUUGAAAAACACUCGCCAGAAUUUACGAGAUGUUUGGAUUCAGCUUGGCAUCACAUGUUCUCCCACUAUUACACAAGUGUGAAUGAUCAAGACGUCAAACAACAACUGUUGAGUUUUUGGGAUAAAUUCAUAUUUCAUGGAUUCACUCAGAAAGCCAAAAAUCUUAAAAUAUUAGUUAACACUUAUGAAAACAGUGAAUAUUUCAAACAAUCUAAUGCAAGAGAGAAGUGGGGUAUUAUAGAUCUACUUAUCAAACUCUCUUAUAAGCCGACUGAUGCGCUUGAAGACGAUGAACCUAUUUUGUUGAAUGAUGUCUCUCUAGAAAAAUCACAUUCAAAAGAAGUACCUGGUGAGGUUCCUUAUUUGGGUGGUUAUAUAAGAGAAGGAAAUGAAAAACUUGACUUACUGACGGAUGAGGAUAUGUCAUUCGAAUCUGACAUAUCCUCCUCGUAUCUCUCCAAAACCGAUCCGCCAACUAUUAUAGAGGACGCUGAUAAAGUUCUAAGUUUAUUUAAAGCAGAUUGUGUAAAAAUUAGUAACAAUGACCAAAAGUUAGAUCCACUGAGAAAAGCAAAAGACCUCGAGGAAUGGCUAACAAAACAUUCCCAAUACCAAUGGUGGAAGAAAUGCAGCUAUCAGCAUGUCCCUAGGAAAGAUUGUAUGACCGGGCAUUUUAGGGCAGAAGAAACAUUUUGCUUAACAUGGUGCAAAAAAAUGGAACAAUUGGGAAGGCUAAGCGAGAAUAUAACUGUAAUAAGUGAAUACAAACUCCUGAGGGAGUUAAUAUGGAUAUUAGCUCAUCCGCCUGAAAAAAACACUUAUUUAAUUUCAAAGAAUAAACAAGGAUUUUUCGUUAAGAAUAAUUUCUCAAUACCUACCUUAUCUCCAUUAACAUUUCAAAAUGUAAUGCAGACAAAUUUUCUACAUUAUCUCCCUUUUAUACAAGAAUUGAUGCUUUUCGUCCGAAAAGUGAAUUAUUUAAAGGCUGGAAAUCCAAAGUUACCAAAUACGUAUAAUUCGUACGCUGUGGCAUUAGAUGGGAUUUUAAUGGAAUAUAGAAAACAUCUUUUAAAAAUUGAAACAGAAGUAAAAAAGCAAGAAACAUAUUUUUCAUUGAGGAGGUUAUAUAUCGAAUUAACAACCAAAAAUGGUCAUUGGUUAAAAUUAUUUAAAUUCAUUGCUUGUAUUCAUAGACAGGCAGUGUAUGGUAACUUCGAGGAUGUCAAAAACUGGAUGUGCUCUAUGAGGUUACUUUCUGUUCUUUAUGAUCACCUCAGGAUUUGUGUAAAUUGGAAAAAGAUUUAUGUGUUCAGACUGUUCCUACAUUCGUUUAGAUCGUAUAUGGAUAUAAUAGGAUCUAUGAUGGCUGGAAAUUUAAAAGCUGAUAUAAAAAACGAGUUUGUGGUUUAUAGGAGUGGAUUAGAAAAUUUCUCAAUGGAAGUAAAAUUUUACAAACAAUUUGUGAAGAGCUUAGGAGGUAAUUCACUUACUUUUUGGGAGCCAUUCGUACAUAUUUGCUACAGGGCGCUGUCAUCAGUACAUUUCCUGUCUCAGCUUGGAAAUUAUUCUGAUUUCUGUAAAGCUCAGCAUCAUUACAGUGUCCUUCAUACUACGUUUUGCCAACAAUUAGAAUGUGUAUUACUUGGAGACUGUUCAACAAAAGAUGAAAAACUCGACAAAUCUGAUCCAUAUAAGUGUUUAGCACCAUUUUUAGGCCUUAACUCAGAUCUAGUAUACAUUAAAAAGCCACAAUUCUUCAGGGAUACGAUAAUGUUUGGAGACAUUUUCGAUGAAGUAUUUGAAUGCUAUAGAAAACCAAUUAAGCCCAUAUUUAAAAAGACUGACUUAGAGAAUCUUACAGAGAGACUCGUAGAAAUGAAACUUCAAUCCCACCUCACUGAUGUCACGAUCCAAGAAGUAGCAGUGAAAACAAUACAACUUUACAUGGAACCCGCUGGAUUCAUCUGUUCUAUUUUACUGAACGAUUACAAAUUAUUAGAGCAUUUUCGCUCUCUGAGAAAUGUUUACUUCCUUCAACUUAUACAUCCAUUCACAGAUACAUUGUAUCAACUGAUGCGUGAGGAAAAACAAUGGACUUAUAACUGGACAGAAGAACUUAGAAUAUGUAUAAACAAAAAUUAUCCAAUGGCUAUAGCUCAAAAGUUCAGCUUUUUGAUAGGACAAAAGAUAGCCUUGAUCGAGUCUGAUAAUAUUUUAGAACUUCUAAGCUUAGUUACCUUAAAUUACCAAGUAGACUCCGAGCUCCGGUUAGUUAUUACUGAAAAAAUCCUUGAGGAGUAUAACGACCUAUUCAGAUUUCUUUUACAACUCAGAUUCGCUUACAUUUUAAUCCUUUCUCUCCGUUUUAAUGAUCUACAAGAAGACAAAAACAAUUAUUUAAUAGUCCAAUCGCUUUUUUCUCUGAGAAUGUGGCUCCUGCAUACAAUGACCACCUUGAACCAUCAUUUUUGCAAUGUUAAUGAAGCAGAGUUUGAAGGGAAAAUUUUGACAGCUUGUAAAGAAGCAAGAGACCUACACACAAUUCAAGCUGCACAUACUGAAUUUAUUAUUAGCUAUAAAAGACACUGCUUUUUAACUUCUAAAGAUGUUUGUAAAGAACCAGUGCAGAAGAUAUUCAGAUUGUGUCACAGACUUCAUCGUAUGUGGUAUACAGAAGGAAAACAUUUGCCCAUGUAUGAAACCAUCAAACAAUUCGAGAAGGACUAUUUGACUACUAUUGAAAACUUUUCCGCCACGUUACAUUUUGCAAAAUAUUCUGGCAAUGAAAAUUUUGCUCUCCUAUUCAAUGAAAUCUCCAACAACCUGGCUGUUGAGAACGUUGCAUGAAUUGUUGUUAUUUUAAUAAAAUGUAAUUUAUUAAAAAUAUAAAAAAGAAGAAUUGUCAUGCUUAACAUUACAAAAAAUUGAUAUAAUGAAAUUGCCAACGUGGCUGUGGAAAUAUUUUCAUAAAUGGUUAUUCUUUAAUUAAAUAUAGCUUACAUUUAUAAAAAGAAAAAAAAUCAAGGUUAAAAUUACUUUUGAAGGUUGUUGCUUUAUUGUUUACUGCUAAAUUAUAAUAUCCUUGAGACUGAUAAAUGUUCUGUAAUGCGCAUGUGUGUAUGUGUAUAGAUUGUUCUCUGCUUGUAAUAAACAUUUAAUUUUUUAAA